GCGCUUUCUAAUCUCACUCUUUAGAUCGCGCGUUAUCCUCGUCCAUCAUGGAGGCACUGCUCGAUUUUUCCGGCGACUUUGAUGUCGCACUCCUUGACAAGGUCGUUAUGGCCUUCUACACCAGCUCGGGGCCUGAGCAACAAAUGGCCCAACAGGUCUUGACUCGCUUUGAAGAAAAUCCAGAUUCAUGGACCAAAGUGCCAAGCAUUCUGGAGAACUCCAACUUUCCGCAGGCCAAGUACAUUGGCCUUCAAAUUUUAGAGAAAUUGAUCACGACGAGAUGGAAGACAUUACCAGAAGGUCAACGACAAGGUAUUCGUAACUUUGUCGUUGGAGCCACGGUCAAAGUCGCAUCGGAUGAGACUCUGUCACGAAAAGAGAAAACAUAUAUCAACAAGCUGAACCUCGCCCUUAUCCAAAUUCUCAAACAAGAAUGGCCACACAAUUGGCCCAACUUUAUCACGGAACUAGUCGAAUCUUCCAAAACCAAUCUUUCUUUGUGCGAAAACAACAUGGUCAUCCUGAAGCUGCUUUCUGAGGAGAUCUUUGACUUCUCGGCUGAGCAGAUGACGCAGAAUAGGAUCAAGAAUUUGAAGAAUCAGAUGUGCGGGGAGUUUUCUGAUAUCUUCAAACUUUGCUCGGAAGUACUUGAAGAAGCCAACAAAGCAUCGCUAAUAAAAGCCACAUUGGAGACAUUUCUUCGGUUUUUAAAUUGGAUCCCAUUAGGGUUCAUCUUCGAGACUACCAUUAUCGACCUGUUGUUGAACAGAUUCCUGGAAGCUCCCGAAUUCCGCAAUAUCACUCUCAAAUGUUUGGCCGAAAUUGCAGCUCUCCAGGUUGGGCCGGAAUACGACCCCAAAUUCGUCAUACUUUUUGCGAUGGUCAUGACCUCUGUAAAUCGCAUGAUCCCCCCGAGCACUAACAUUGCUCAAGCUUACGCGAAUGCCGGAGAUGCUGGCCAGGAACUCGUACUGAAUCUCUCACUUUUCCUAUCCAACUUUCUGACACAUCACCUGCGCGCCGUGGAGACCGAGGCCAAUCGUGAUGUUUUGUUGAACGCCCACCUUUACAUGGUCAAGGUAUCCCAAGUGGACGAACGGGAAAUCUUCAAAAUCUGUCUUGAAUACUGGAACAAACUCGUCUCGGGACUGUACGAUGAGAUUCAGAGCUUACCCAUUGGUGAAUCAGGACUUUUGAUGGGGUUGAACCUCGGCGGCUCUAAUGGGAAUAUAUUGAAUGGCAUGUCGCUCAGAAAGAAUAUAUACAGCGAUGUGCUUUCCAAUCUUCGGUUGGUCGUCAUUGAACGGAUGGUAAAGCCAGAAGAGGUUCUCAUCGUCGAGAACGAGGAGGGAGAAAUCGUCCGAGAGUUCAUGAAAGAGAGCGAUACCAUCGUCCUCUACAAGUCUAUGCGCGAGCUCUUAGUUUACCUCACUCACCUGGACGUAGCUGAUACUGAAACCAUUCUUACGGAAAAACUAGCGAAACAAGUCGACGGGUCCGAAUGGUCAUGGCAAAACCUCAACACUCUUUGUUGGGCAAUUGGUUCUAUUUCUGGUGCUAUGAAUGAAGAAACUGAGAAACGCUUCCUUGUCACGGUCAUCAAGGACCUAUUGGGAUUGUGUGAAAUCAAACGAGGCAAGGACAACAAAGCUGUCGUUGCUUCGGACAUCAUGUAUAUUGUGGGACAGUACCCGCGCUUCCUCAAAGCGCACUGGAAGUUCUUGAAGACGGUUGUAAACAAACUCUUCGAAUUCAUGCAUGAAACUCACGAAGGUGUACAAGAUAUGGCCUGCGACACCUUCAUCAAAAUUGCACAAAAAUGCCGAAGACACUUUGUCAUGCAGCAGUCCGGUGAACAGGAACCAUUCAUCGAUGAAAUCCUUCGUCUCCUUCACCGAAUCACUGUUGACCUGUCGCCGUUACAAGUCCAUACCUUCUAUGAAGCAGUUGGUCAUAUGAUAUCUGCUCAGCCCAACAAGCCCCUCCAGGAGAAGCUUAUUGCCAAAUUGAUGGAUUUGCCAAACAAUGCGUGGGAUUCCUUGAUGGCUCAGGCCGCACAGAAUAUGGACGUGCUAUCAAAUACGGAAAACAUCAAGAUACUAUCGAACGUCUUGAAGACAAAUGUAUCCGCUUGCACAUCUAUCGGAAGUUUCUACCUUCCCCAAAUCGGACGUAUUUUUCUUGAUAUGCUCGGCCUCUAUAAGGCCGUUAGUGGAAUCAUCAGCGAAACUAUUGCCAAAGAAGGUCUCGUUGCAACGAAAACACCUAAAGUUCGCCAGUUGCGAACAGUCAAAAAGGAAAUUCUAAAACUCAUGGAGACGUAUAUCAAAAAGGCAGAGGAUUUGGAAGCUGUUAACAACAAUUUCAUGCCACCUUUACUCGACGCUAUCCUUGGUGACUACAACCGCAAUGUACCUGCUGCCAGAGAUGCUGAAGUUCUAAACGUCAUGGCCACCAUAACCAGUAGGCUAGGAGCCCUGCUCACUCCCCAGAUUCCUGCUAUCCUAGAUGCCGUCUUCGAACCGACCUUGACAAUGAUUAACCAAGACUUUGCUGAAUUCCCUGAACAUCGGGUUGGUUUCUUCAAGCUAUUGAGAGCCAUCAACAUUAAUUGCUUCCCCUCUUUGUUGAGUAUACCUCCCAAUCAAUUCAAGUUGUUCAUGGACAGUAUCAUUUGGGCUAUCAAACACACAAUGCGGGACAUUGCAGACACAGGUCUUUACUUGUGUUUGGAGGUUGUCAACAAUUUCGCCAACGCAGGCGAUCCUUCCGUUAGCAACGCCUUUUUCCAACAAUAUUUCCUCAGUAUCGUCCAAGAUAUCUUCUUUGUCCUCACGGAUACGGACCACAAGAGUGGCUUCAAACUCCAGAGUGCCCUACUCGCACGCAUGUUCGAACUUGUCGAGCUCAACGCUAUUCAAACUCCACUAUACGACCCAUCUCAAGUCUCUGAUCCCAAUGUCACGAAUUCAAUGUUCCUUCGAGAAUAUACUGCCAACCUAUUGAAGACCGCUUUCCCUCAUAUUCAGCCUAUACAAAUACAAGCGUUUGUAAAUGGACUUACUGAGUACAACAGUGAUAUCAACCGCUUCAAACUUGCCUUGCGGGAUUUCCUGAUACAGCUGAAGGAAUUUUCUGGUGACAACACCGAGCUCUUCCUAGAAGAAAAGGAAGCGGAGAAUUUGAAGAAGGCUGAGGAAGAGAGGCAAGCGGCGCUGCGUAUCCCUGGUAUGCUCAAGCCUUCCCAACUGGAAGAUAAGGACGAAGAAAUAUGAUCUACUUCAGUAUGAACUUUCUCUUUAAUGACAUUUUGGCUUCCGUAUCAUUCUUAAUGGUUUACCUGCUUGCAGGUUGCUUUCGAUAGUUUUCUUUCCACAUAUGUACUACUAGCUAGCUAUACGUGCUCAAAAAUAAUGUAGAAUUGAUUUUGUACAAAGCUACCUCCCAAUGCCAUACAUAGUAACACGCAUUGGUAGAUUCAUCAAUCUGAAGUGUUUGUCAUUAUUA